GCUGUUACUUAUGUCUAGAAGUGUUUCUUUUCCGCCUCCUACUGGACAUUUAAGGUACUGCACUUUGUUUGCCGUUUACUUUCGGUUUCUCUCAGUGAAUGCAGUCGGGAAGAACGUUCAUACAGUUCCUAUGGGCUAUUGAUUCCAUCGUUAAAACCUUGGAAAUAUAUGUCUUUUUACAUAAAAGAAGUGAGAAGAACAAUCACCAGUAAAGUCACUAAAGUUACGAAGACUGCUUUCUGGAGUUCUUUUCUGAAAUUGUACGCUAUCUGUUAAGCCUUUGCCCAAGCAACGCAAUUGGUCAGAACAGAAUAGUAAAAAGACAUUGACACAGCGGGUUAAAACAGCGGAAUUACACGACCAUUGUUACAUUGCAUUGCACAUCUCUUCAGCAGCAAGUAUGGAGUCACACUGUGAUGAGAAAGAAACCUCUCAGGCCUUUGAGAUUAGAUCACAAGCUUCUAGCUGGAAAUCAUCACAAAGAUCAAGUCGGUCAUCAGCCAGUGCGGCAGCGACUCGGGCGAGAGCUAAAGCAGAAGCAGCUCGAGCUAAAGCUUCGUAUGCAGAAAGAGAAGCAGCUAUGAUGAGGAAAAAAGCAGAAGUAGAAGCAGAUCUAUACUUGCUACAAUCUCAUAAAGAAGCGACUGCAGCAUCCGCUGAAGCGGCAAUUUAUGAAGCAGCAGCUGACAUUGAGGAAGGAAAUAUAGCGGAAUUGGACCAUGAGACACACUCAGUUCGUACUCAGCGUACUAAGGAGUAUGUUCAGAAGCAUGCAGUGGAACAAAAUCAGCAGCAGUAUUCUGGUACUCCGAUUCUACAGUCAUCCUUAAAGAAUGCUGAACCUCUUCUGUGUGAAGCAACAGUAACAUCUCCACAUGUAUAUCAAUCUUAUGGAAUGGAGGGAUUAAAAAUAAAACAGGAGACAAUGGAUAACCAGAGAGAUCAUGGACAUCUCUCUGCUUUUCAAACAUCUCCAGCUCCCAGCAUUAAAGCUCCCAUGUUUAGCCUACCAUAUACAUCUGAUUUAGCAAACUACAUGGUAAGAAAAGAGAUGGUGAGUUCUGGUCUUGUGAAGUUCGAUGAUCAUCCUGAGAACUACUGGGCUUGGAAAUCAUCUUUCCAAGAUGUCACAAAAGACCUUGGACUAACAGCCAGAGAAGAGCUCGACCUUCUUACAAAAUGGCUCGGCCCAGAGUCAUCAAUGCAAGCCAAACGGAUCAGAUCGGUUCAUGCACAUUUUCCUAUAGCAGGUGUCCGUAUGCUUUGGCAGCGAUUGGAAGAGUGUUAUGGUUGCCCAGAAGUAAUUGAGAAUGCGCUGUUGAGAAAACUGGAAGAGUUUCCAAAGAUUUCUAACAGGGAUGGACAAAGACUCAGAGAGUUAGGAGACAUGCUUAUGGAACUGGAAUCUGCAAAGUCAGGCGGACAUUUACCUGGAUUAGCAAUUCUUGACACUGCUAGGGGAGUAAAUCCCAUCAUUGAGAAACUUCCCUUUAAUCUACAGGAAAGAUGGAUCACUCAUGGUGCUAAAUAUAAAGAGGAUUAUCGUGUCGCAUUUCCCCCAUUUGGCUUCUUUGUCAAAUUCAUUUGCGACCAAGCAAGAAUAAGAAAUGAUCCCAGUUUUUUGCUAUCUAUGCAGUGCUAUCUCAAACAGGAGAAAUUUCCACGGGUAAGCAACAAAAUACCUGUGUCAGUGAGGAAAACUGAAGUGCUAACCACAGUUCCUAAUUCUAAAGCCAACCAACCUCCAGAUCCUGGUAAGCAAUGUCCAAUUCACAAUAAGCCACAUCCGUUGUCAAAGUGCCGUGGUUUUAGAGGAAAACCCCUGGAUGAAAGAAAAAUGUACCUCAAAGAGCAGUCUAUCUGCUUCAGGUGUUGCAAUUCCACUAAACACAUAGCAAAGGAAUGUGCAGCAGCUGUUAAAUGUAGAGAGUGUAACAGUGAUCGCCAUGUCUCUGCAAUGCACCCAGGAUCAGCUCCAUGGGCAGUGGAAUCUCCAGUAACACAGCAAGAGCAGGGCGGGGAGCCUGAAGGUGAUAUAUUAUCUGAGGUUACUUCUAAGUGCACAGAAAUCUGUGGCAAAGCUCUUAGACCUAGAUCAUGCUCAAAAAUCUGUUUGGUGGAUGUUUACCCAUCUAACUCCCCUGGAAAGGCUAAGAGGAUGUAUGUUGUUCUGGAUGACCAGAGUAACCGGUCUCUAGCAAAGUCUGACUUUUUCGAGCUGUUUGGGAUCAAUGGAGAUUCUUUUCCCUAUACUCUUCGUACAUGUGCAGGCACAACAAAGACAAUGGGAAGAAGAGCAGAUAAUUUCAUUGUUAGUUCACUGGAUGGGAAAACUCAAGUGUCACUUCCCACACUCUUAGAAUGCAACAUGUUGCCGGAAGAUCGCGACGAAAUUCCUACUCCUGCAGUUGCACAAUACUUCUCUCAUCUCAAGCCAAUGGCUGACAAAAUACCACCUUAUGAUGCAAACGCUCCCAUUCUUCUUCUUUUUGGAAGGGACAUUCUAAGUGUGCAUAAGGUUCGAGAACAGUGUAAUGGACCUGGUAACCUGCCAUAUGCUCAGCGUCUUGACUUAGGCUGGGUCAUUGUGGGAGAGGUUUGUAUGGGAGGAGUACACAAAUCCGAGACUGCAAAUGUUUUCAGAACAAACAUAUGGCAAAAUGGACGGACAUCUUUUUUCACACCCUGCUCAAAAGGAAUUCAGAUCAAAGAACAGUUUGGUACUCCAAAUGAUCAAUACCAAUUUUGCUGUCCUGUCUCAAGCUGUUUCACGGAUCACCUGGGUGAUAACGUCUUUCAGAGGACUCCUGAGGAUGAUAAGCUUUCACUGUCUGUUGAGGAUAACAUCUUCCUUGAGGUUAUGAACAGAGAAAUGUACAUGGAUGAGUCAAACCACUGGGUAGCUCCCUUACCAUUCCGUUUACCUCGCAGCCCACUGCCGAACAACCGAGACCAGGCAAUGAAACGUCUUAAUGUCCUCCAGCGCACCUUACAAAGGAAACCCGAGAUGGCCAAACACUUUGUGGAGUUUAUGCGAAACUUGUUCAUCAACCAACAUGCAGAAAUAGCUCCCCCGCUGCAGCCUGAUGAAGAAUGCUGGUAUUUACCAAUAUUUGGUGUGUACCACCCUCUGAAACCUGGGAAGAUUAGGGUCGUCUUUGAUUCUAGUGCACAGUAUGAAGGCGUCUCGUUGAAUAGCAUUCUUCUUCGUGGACCAGAUCUAAACAACAAGCUCCUGGGGGUCUUGAUGCGAUUUCGUAGGGAGCAGAUUGCAGUUACAGCUGAUGUAGAACAGAUGUUUUACUGCUUCAAGGUCAGGGAAGAUCACCAAAACUUUCUGAGGUUUCUGUGGUUCAAGGAUAAUGACCUAUCCAAAGAAAUCACAGAGUACCGAAUGACAGUUCAUGUUUUCGGUAACAGCCCGUCGCCAGCUGUGGCAAUCUUUGGGAUGAGACGAGCAGCUGAGUUUGGAGAAGACGAGCAUGGAAGAGAAGCCAAGCACUUUGUCCAUAAAAAUUUUUAUGUGGACGACGGCCUGAUCUCUGUAUCCAGUGCCGCUGAAGCCAUCAGUCUACUGAAAAACACCAAAAACAUGUUAGCUGAGUCAAACAUCAAGCUUCACAAGAUUUCAUCAAACAGCCAUCAAGUAAUGGAAGCAUUCCCUCCAUCUGAAAGAGCAAAUGACCUGAAGGAUCUGGAUUUGAGUGUCGAUCCUCUUCCUCUCCAAAGAAGUUUAGGGUUGAGCUGGAACUUAGAGACUGACUGUUUCACUUUUCAGGUGUCUACAGUAGUUAAACCAUUCACACGACGGGGCAUACUUUCAACAGUUAACAGUCUCUAUGAUCCUUUGGGAUUUGUUGCACCUGUCACCAUGCAGGGUAAGGCCUUAGUAAGAGAGCUGUCAUCAGAGCAGUUUGACUGGGACACGCCACUCCCAUCUGAUAAAGAAGCCCAGUGGAAAGCAUGGACAGAUUCAUUAGCAGAUCUCAAGGAAGUCCAGAUUCACAGACCCUAUGUUCCAGUCUCGAUUUCCAACACUUCCAAGAGAGAGAUAAUCAUUUUUGCUGAUGCCUCUACAUUAGCCAUAGCAGCGGUUGCCUACCUGAGGGUUGUAACUACAGACGGUCAGUGUCACAUUGGGUUUGUUAUGGCCAAAUCAAAGUUGGCACCAUACCCUGCUCACACAGUGCCACGUCUAGAGUUGUGUGCGGCAGUUCUUGCUGUCGAGCUGGCAGGAUUGAUUAAAGAAGAGCUGGAUGUGGAUCUAACUGCAGUAAAGUUCUACACAGACAGUAGAAUCGUUUUAGGAUACAUCUACAAUACUUCCCGGCGAUUCUAUGUGUAUGUUGCUAAUCGAGUGGCCCAAAUUAGACAUUCCACAAAGCCAGAACAGUGGCAUCACAUUGAUUCAGACCUCAAUCCGGCAGAUCUCGGCACCAGAUUCAUUCCAGCAGCUAUCCUACCUCAAACUAAUUGGUUCUAUGGUCCAGGAUUCCUCCAUCACCCUAUUCUCAGGGAAACUCCUGAAAAUGAAUCAUUUGAGCUUGUAGAGCCAGAGAAGGAUCAGGACAUUCGCCCACAUGUAGUAACCUUUGCCACGCAGACAACAGAACAGUCUCUGGGAUCACACAGAUUCGAACGCUUCUCUGAGUGGAGAUCUCUUGUAAGAAGUAUAGCCAUGCUGGGCCAUGUUGCAAAAUCAUUUUCUCAAGACAGAAAUACCGGGGAUUGCGAAGGAUGGCAUUGGUGCAAUAAAUGUCUCCAGUCUGAGCGCACACAAGCAAAGACUUCUAUUAUUAAAUGUGUGCAGCAAGAGCACUAUAAAGAUGAAUUCAAGAGUUUGGAGAAAGGUGAAGAAAUCUCACAGCAAAGUGCUCUGAAGAGACUAUCUCCCUUUGUAGACACUGAAGGACUUAUUCGAGUGGGAGGUCGCUUACAAUCAGCAGAACUGUCUGAACAGGAAAAACACCCACUAAUAAUUCCAGCAAGUCAACACGUAGCCACGUUGUUGGUCAGAUACUACCAUGAUCGAGUGGCACAUCAAGGACGACAUCUAACUGCCGGUGCAGUACGUUCAGCAGGUCUCUGGAUUGUAAAAGGAACUAAACUAAUCAACCGUGUGAUUCAUCAAUGCGUUCUCUGUAGGAAGUUAAGAGGUAGACUCGAAGAACAGAGAAUGUCAGAUUUACCUAUGGACAGAGUGAAAGUGGAUCCUCCAUUCACUCAUGUGGGUCUGGAUGUUUUUGGGCCAUGGAACAUAAUAUCACGCCGCACUAGGGGUGGCAGUGCUGAAAGUAAAAGAUGGGUUGUCAUUUUCUCUUGCUUAAGUACAAGGGCUGUUCAUUUGGAAGUCAUUGAGUCCAUGUCAACCUCAAGCUUCAUUAAUGCCCUCAGACGGUUUUUGGCAGUUCGCGGACCAGUCAAACACUUCAGAUCCGACAGAGGAACAAAUUUCAUCGGAGCCUGUCGAGAACUGAAAAUCAAUGCAGAUGAUCCAGAACUAAAAGGUUACUUGCAGGAGCAAGGUUGCGUAUGGACAUUUAAUGCUCCCCACUCUUCCCAUAUGGGGGGAGCUUGGGAAAGAAUGAUCCACAUAGCACGGAAUAUUCUGGAUGCAUUGCUGCUAAAAACCGGCCUUUCCCGUCUUACCCAUGAGGUUUUGACUACUCUCAUGUCCGAAGUCAUGGCAAUAAUGAAUGCUAGACCUUUACUUCCUAUUUCUUCUGAUCCAGACACAUUGGAAGUUCUGUCCCCUGCCAUGCUCCUCAAUCAAAAGGCUAGCACUGUACCAGCACCUCUUGGGGACUUUGACAUUAAGGACCUCUACAAGAAAGAAUGGCGACAAGUUCAGUGUCUGGCAGAUGCUUUUUGGAAAGCUUGGAGGAGAGACUAUCUUGCAACAUUGCAAGUACGGAGGAAAUGGACUGAGAAAAGACGGAACCUCGAGGAAGGUGAUGUUGUCUUGCUUAAAGAUUCCAAAGUGAAACGUAGUGAGUGGCCAAUUGGACUCAUUGUGAAAACCAUACCCAGCAGUGAUGAUAAUGUGAGGAAGGUGGAGGUAAAGAUAGUUAGAGAAGGAUCUGCUAAGGUAUACCUAAGGCCUGUCUCUGAAGUAGUACUACUCCUGCCUGGGACGUCACAGAAGGAUCCAUAAUGGUAUAAUAAUUUAUUAUACCAGGCGGGGAGUGUGCUGUUACUUAUGUCUAGAAGUGUUUCUUUUCCGCCUCCUACUGGACAUUUAAGGUACUGCACUUUGUUUGCCGUUUACUUUCGGUUUCUCUCAGUGAAUGCAGUCGGGAAGAACGUUCAUACAGUUCCUAUGGGCUAUUGAUUCCAUCGUUAAAACCUUGGAAAUAUAUGUCUGUAAGUGCUAAGUUUUAUACUAAAUAGUGCUUUAAGUGUUGUGUAGAUUAAAGUAAAGUGUAGAUCAGUAUUAUUGUUGUAUUUGUUAUAUACAGAUAUGAUUUGCAUCAUUGGUUCGAUACUUUGUUUUAGCAUACUGCUAAUUUCUCUUCUGUUUGUAUAGAAUCUCAUUUGAUUAUAAUUUCUUGGCAUGUACAAAACCGAACUGUAUUGUUAACUGGAUGUGUAUGUAAAGGUGUACAUAAUGUUCAUACAUAUUUAUUCUUGUUUGUAGUUUUACAUAAAAGAAGUGAGAAGAACAAUCACCAGUAAAGUCACUAAAGUUACGAAGACUGCUUUCUGGAGUUCUUUUCUGAAAUUGUACGCUAUCUGUUAAGCCUUUGCCCAAGCAACGCAAUUGGUCAGAACAGAAUAACUUGUGCUUUAACAGAC